AGAGAGACAGACAGCAGUGGCCAGAUGGAGCCCUGUUUGUUUUGAAGUAGCUGACUGCUGCUGAGAGUAGGGCAGUCUGCCGGCACUAGUGUGACUGAAUGAGGGGAAAAGUACAUCACACCCAGUCUGGGCAACAACAGGACAGCAAACCACUGUUUUCAUUCUGCUUAUGUGGACAGAUCUUCUGCUGUGCUGCUCAGUGUGGAGGCACUCUAUGCAGCUCAAGGUCAGGAAAAUCCAGCUGCAGCCUCAGGGAACUGUCCUAUCUGGAUUUUGGGACCCGCAGGGGCAGGUGGGCUCAAGUUUCCCUGUUGUUGCUCUCCAGCUUUGAUACAGGGACACUAUGCAGGCCUAUAGGACUCUGAAGAGGAUGUGAGGCCUGGACUAUACUGUCAAUACCUCCCACGACAGCGUUGGUUCUCUCAGCCUGAUCCAGUGUCGGAGGCGAGGGGGAAUGGGCCCAGCCUCACUGCAGGGGGAGAGAGAGCCGGAGAAAGAGCCAAAGGCAGAGAUGGAGAGCUACCGCUACCUUCUGCAGGCUGGCUCCCAGCUAGAGAGCACUCUGCAGCAGGUGACUGUCCCUGUAAGCUUGAAGGAGGUGGGGGGCUACAUAGAGAAACAGGUGGCAUACCUGUCAGGGGGCCGUGGGGAAGACUCCAGUGUCAUCAUCACCCUCCCAGAAUGCUCCGCUUUCAGUGACAUUCCAGAGGAAGCUUUAGCCAAAGUCUUUACAUACCUCACUCUCAUUCCUCGAACGAGGCAACCCGGAGUCAAAUUUAUCAUCAUUUUAGACCGGAGAUUGGAUACAUGGGCCUCCAUCAAAACUGCACUUGCCAGGAUAGCAGCUUCCUUUCCUGGGAACCUCCACCUGGUCUUGGUGCUCCGACCCACCAGCUUUUUCCACCGCACUGUUACUGAUAUUGGCUUUCGCUUCAGCCAAGAGGACUUCAUGCUCAAGAUGCCAGUGGUGAUGCUGAGCUCUGUCACAGACCUGCUGCGCUACAUCGAUGAGAACCAGCUGACUUCAGAGUUUGGAGGCACUUUGGACUAUUGUCAUAGUGACUGGAUUGUUUUACGAACAGCUAUUGAAAGUUUUGCUGUAACAGUCAAAGACAUCGCACAGAUGCUGCAGGGCUUUGGCACUGAGCUGGCGGAGACAGAGCUGCCUGAUGAGGGGAAAGCAAUCGAGUAUCUUCUGGAGUCUCACACUGACAAGUACAGGAAGCUCAAGGAUGCAAUCAGGUCAGUGUCAAAGGAGGGUCGUCAUCUUCUCUUAAGCCUGGAGACCUCUGGGAAGGAUGAUGACUCCCAGUGGGAUGUGAGGCUGGACUGGGAGACAGUACAAAGGCUUCUUGCACAGCUCAGAGACAUGGAAUCAGCCUUUGAUGGCUUCUUUGAGAAGCAUCAUCUGAAACUCCAUCAGUACCUGCAGUUGCUCAGAUAUGAGCAAAGCUUUCAGGAGAUGGAGCUGUGUCUGGACCAUCUCAUGUCUCAGGAGAGUGAGCUGCCCAUAUCUGUUGACACUCUGGCUCAAGCAGAACAGGCUCUCAAAAGGUUGGACAGUCUGGAAAUAAAUGCACAGGAGGUGAUGGCUCGAGCUCAGAUCAUCAUUCUUCACGGACACCAGCUGUCAGCCGGUCACCACUACGCCAUGGCUCUUAUUAUGCAGCGCUGCAACGAGCUUCGCCACUACUGUGAUACACUCAGUGCUGCUCUCAAGACCAAACACACUCGUCUCCUGCAAACACACCAGCUGCUGCUUUGUCUCGGACAGGCCCAAACUUGGUGUGAUGAUGGAGCGUAUCUGCUGGCCAAUCAGCUAGUAGAUAAGUUCCAGUCUAAGGAGGGGGCUCAGGCUGCUUUGAGGGACAUUGAGAGGUUACUGGAGGCGGCGCCGUCUAUGCUGAGCUCAGGACCUGACGUCCUGGCCAUGGAGUACGAGGCUGUCAUCACAUCUCCGGUUCAGGGCCAGAUUGGAGAAACGUUUGAGAAGCAUGCAACAGUGCAGCAGAUGAUCCAAAACCGACAGGCUUGUUUAAGGAAGCUGGCUGACAAACAUGUACGACCAGUCCAACUGGUGGCCCCCAGGCCUGAAAACCCACCACGCUCCAAGUCCCCGCUCUUUUCCCCCAAGCAUGGUGAUGGUUUGAAGUUCACGUUCGACCUCUCUCUGCCCGGGAAGAAAACAUCCCGAAAGAGCCCCAACCCUAGAAAAAUAGAGGUCAUUCACGACUACCAGGAGAGCCGGAGCUGUGUGUCGUACGGUCUGGAGGACAGCCCAGAUCAGUUGAAGCGUCAUGUGAUGAGGGAACUCAUAGAAACAGAAAGAAUAUAUGUGGAAGAGCUGCUGUCAGUUCUGCUGGGUUACAGGGCUGAGAUGGACAACCCAGCUCUGUCAGGGCUUCUGCCCCCGAUCCUGCGCAGCAAAAGAGACAUCCUCUUUGGGAACAUGCCUGAGAUCUACAAUUUUCACAGCAGAGUUUUCCUUCAGGAUCUGGAAGGAUGCCUAGAGGCCCCGGAAGGUGUAGGAGCUUGUUUUCUGGAGCGGAAAGAGAGUUUUCAAAUGUAUGAAUGCUACUGUCAGAAUAAACCGCGCUCUGAGGCACUGUGGAGACAAUUCUCAGACUGUGCCUUCUUUCAGGAGUGUCAAAAAAAGCUGGAGCACAAACUGGGCCUGGAUUCCUACUUGCUGAAACCAGUCCAACGCCUCACGAAAUACCAGCUUCUGCUUAAGGAACUACUAAAAUACAGUACAGAUUGCGAGGGGUCUUCUGAACUGCAGGGGGCACUAACAGCAAUGCUGGACCUGCUCAAAUCAGUCAAUGACUCCAUGCAUCAGAUAGCCAUCACAGGAUAUGAGGGUGAAAUUUGCGAGCUGGGCCGUGUGCUGAUGCAGGGUUCUUUCAGUGUGUGGAUCAGCCACAAGAGAGGUCCCACGCGCAUGAAGGAGCUGGCUCGCUUCAAGCCAAUGCAGAGACACCUCUUCUUAUACGAGAGAGCUCUGCUCUUCUGCAAGCGGAGGGAGGAGCAUGGAGAUGGCUGCGACAAGACCCCCUCGUACAGCUUCAAAAACUGUCUCAAGAUGACUGCUGUGGGGAUCACAGAGAAUGUCAAGGGAGAUGUGAAGAAGUUUGAGAUCUGGUACAGUGGCAGGGAGGAAGUGUAUGUGGUUCAGGCUCCUACCGUGGAAGUCAAGAUGGCCUGGCUCAAUGAGCUUCGCAGAAUCCUGACUAACCAGCAGAAGCUACUCAGAGAUGAAGUAUAUCAACAUGGUCAGAUGGUUGGACACAUGCAGCUUUCUCCACCACUCUCUGAGAGCAAGCAGCAGAGGGUGUCAGUGAGCUCAGAGGAUACAGAGUCAGGGAGGAGCAGUCCAGACCCCCAGCCUCACUCCCCUAAACACCAGCACAACCGCAGGAGUUGGCCUGGAGCUCAUCACUCAGUAGACAUCUGCGAGGGUCUGGAGGAGUGGCCUGGAGGUCGGGACGCCUUCCACCCAUCUGACACCGAGGAGGAUGUUUUGGUGCAACUGUCUCCAGGUAGAUACAUGGCCUUGGCUGACUGUCUUCAAAAUGGACAAGACAGCAUUACCAUCAAAUGUGGAGAUGCCAUCCAACUGCAGUGUGAGGACAACAAGGGACGCUGGCUGGUGAAAAACCUGAGUCGGCGACAGGAGGCCUUCAUAGCUGCUGCCAGCCUGCAGCUGAUUAUAGGAGACAGCAGUCGAGGACACUCCACCAGACUAGGCGACCCAGGGAACCUGAAGGCGAGAAAGCUCAGCUCCCCGUAGAGAAGAAAGCACAGAAUGUGAAUCUAAUAUUUACCUGUGGAUGGUAAAACAGAGAGAAGGAACAGAUUGAGCCAUAACUGUCCUACUCCUCACUCCCCGGUUUGCUCUCUAGCACAGUUCAAUCAUUAAAGAGAAAAAUGUGGGGAUCUACAGACCUUCAUUUCUUCUGGGUUUUAAUUGACGACCUCCUGAGGCUGGCGUUUUCUGAUUAUGAAGGUGUGCUGUGGCACCAGCGCAAAGGCUCAGGAACUGUUUAGCCCUCUUGGACAAUCAACACCCGAUCCCUGGAUCCUGAUUGGUCUUCCUCUUUUCUGAUUGGUGAUGACUGUCUUGUCCUUCUGGAGCUCCCAUCUGCAACACACACACACACACACACACACACACACACACACAUUCGGGAUGUGAGGUUGCUGCUGCAGCAUUUUACAAUUUGUGGACAACAUUUGUCAACCCUUCCUUAUUCCAGCUCCUACUUGACAUUAUAGUAUCUCAGUGUGUGUGUUACUGUUUGUCUCGGUGUGUGCUGGAUGGAUGAUGGUAACCCAGGAUUUGCCUGAAACAUUUCUUAAAGAAAAGACUUUUGUACAUAUAUAUGGUGUAAUUUUUAACAUUUAUUGUGCCUCAGUGUUUCAUCUUUGUGUCGUUAGUCGAUGUUUCCCAUUGAACUACUUCAUUGUAUUUUUCUUACAUUUCAUUCCUUAAGCUACCAUUCUUGUGUACAGUCUAGGAGUUAAAAUGCCAAAAUGUGCCAUGCCAUAAUGCCUUUUCUAUUCCUGCUCUUUUGGAGGUACUGUUUGCAAAAUCAAAAACUCUGUUAUUGCUUCAACCUUGACCUCACAAAUAUUCAACAGGCACUUUAAUAAGGUGGAUGAACAAAAGAGACAAAAAAAAAUCCACCUAUUGUCUACUGAAUGUGUGCUUUGCUUGCUGCUUUACCUCUCUUACUGUGCAUUUCCCCUUAUUCAUGCUGUUAUAUCCUUUGUUUGUUCUUGAAUGUAUGAUGUGUUCAGGAGGCAGGGGAGACACGUCAGUGAUGGUAAUGUAAGACAGACAGACACGAUGAAGAUUGAUGGCAGCAUAUUUCUCAGUGUGUGCCGAGGACGAAUGGGAGGCUCAUGCCACAGAGCCCCAAACACUGUCAUUCUCCUCAGGAUCUUUUGGGAGGCCACUGUCAGUCACAGUGUAGAGAAGGGAGAGCGAGGAGUAAAAGAAACCGAGAGAGAGAGAGAGAGAGAGAUUAUGUUCUGUGUACCCCUCCAUCACGGAGGCAGAUUGUUUCCUCCUCACCAUUACAGCUCAGUUAAUCUUGGGUUCCCCAUUAAACGAGAUCAUACAGCCAACAUGAAAUAUACCCUCUGUGUCGAACGCUUAAUUAAAUAUUGAUUGCAGACUUAUAUGAAUUUACCGCAUCAAAUCGAGGCCCCAGUUGGCUGCCUUUGAUACGCUGUGUUUGAUAUGGAAAUGAGUGUAGAAAGCAGCAGGGCCUGCUGCACACUACACAUUUCCUAUGUUGUUAAUUUAUUUAUUUUGCUGUCAUGUUCCUUCACAUUGUGAGGUAUUCGUGCAGCCUGAAUUAAAUUACAUCUCCAUAAUAUUUACGGGAGCUAUGCUUGACUUGCACUUCAAAACCCCAUUUUAUUUCUUUUUAGCUUAUACGACAAAAUCUGAUGGUUUCUUUGAAAUUUUGAUCCGAAAUGCUGCAGAUUUUGCACAGUUUUUCCAGGUUGGAAAACAAAAGAAAACUUGCUUGAAAUAAUAUGUAUCCUGAUGAGCCAAGUAGCCUGAGCUUGAUGCUGAGUGUUUAUCAUGAAAAUGCAUGGCAACUGAACAAUGAACAGGUUUGUUACAGUAACCGUUCUAAACUGGCUUCUUUUGUACAGCUUCAGUUCUGUAAAAAUAAUCAAAUACAAAUAAACUAUUUAUUGCAAUAAUGGUUUGGUUAGUUAAAAUAAUUCAGUACUUGUUUUAACAGCAAUACAUUUGGCUGCUCUCUUUUUCAUAUACACUGAUUGAAUCUAUUAUUUCUGUGUUCUUGUUUUAAUGGAAGCCAAGUUACAUAAUAAAAUUGUGCAGACUUUUCCCUUUUUGUGUGGUUUUGGUCACAAAAGCCCAGUGGUGGAAAGUAACUGCAUACAUUUCA